AUGGGAAUUCCAAUAUUAACAUCAGAUAUUCAACAAUCUGAUUUAUUUAAGGUCCGAUAUACUAUCAAUGAACCAUCUAUAACGUUUACUGCCAUUAAAUUUUCCCCUAAUGGAGAAAAUUUUGCUUGUUCUUCAUCAAAUGGUAAAAUAUACAUUUAUAAUACCACAACGGGUAAAUUAGUCACAACUUUAUCAGGACAUACCAAAGGAAUAUCAGAUAUUGUAUAUUCACCUAUAAAUUCUAAUAUUCUUGCAUCAUGCUCUGAUGAUUUAACCAUUCGAUUAUGGAAUAUUACUCAACAACGAUGUAUAAAAAUAUUACGGAAACAUACUUAUCAUAUAACAACUUUGAAAUUCACGCAAAAGGGCAAUAUUUUGAUUAGUGGAUCAUCAGAUGAAACAAUUACAAUAUGGGAUAUUGCUUCAAAUGGUGGGAAAAUAUUAACUACUUUAGCUGCUCAUAGUGAUCCAGUUCUGUCAAUUGCAUUAACUCCUGAUGAUUCAAUUAUUGUUAGUGCUUCAUAUGAUGGAUUAAUGAGAUUAUUUGAUUUACAAACAAGUCAAUGUUUGAAAACUUUAACUAAUAGUACUUUUGGUGGUCAUGGUACUGCUACAGCUAGUACUAAUGAUGUAUUAAAUUUCCCAAUUGCCAAAGUUGAAUUAUCACCAAAUGGACAAUUUAUUUUAAAUUCUAGUUUAGAUGGGAAAAUUCGAUUAUGGAAUUAUAUGGAAAAUAAAGUUUAUAAAACUUAUCAAGGUCUAAAUGGUGAGAAAAUUUGUGAAAAAUUCAAUUGCGAUAUAAAGUUUAUAACUAGAAAUGUUAAUAAUAAUAAUAAUAAUGGUAUUAGUGGCGAUGGUGAUGAAUAUAACAAUGUGUUGAUUGUUUCUGGUAGUGAUUCAACUGGAUUAUUAAUUUGGGAUAUUCAACUGAAACAAAUUGUUUAUCAAGUAGAUCCACAAAUGUGUGGCAAAGAUGCUAUAUUAGGAGUUGAUACUUACAAUCAAGGAGAAAUAUUGGGUUGUUGUAGUCGAGACGGAAGAAUUACAAUUUUAGAUAUGAAUCAAAAAUAUAUUGACAGAAAUGAAAAUCAAGAACCACAACAGAAAGAGGUUGAAUCACGAGGUGAAACUCCUAUUUAA